AAAAACCACAUUGCCACCCCAAUACCUCAAACUCUUAACUCUCUCCUCUUCUUCUAUCAAAAAGAACACAAAGCUCAAGAAACAGGGGCGACUUUGAUCUCAAAGAACAUAUACUGUGCAAAAAUGGCAAGAAACUUGAGUACUUUGGUUGCUCUUGCAGCAAUAUUUGCUUUAUUACAUGUUUCAAUUGCACAACGAACUUAUAUUGUUGGUGAUGCUUUGGCUUGGACCGUUCCUAGUGGUGGCGCUGCCGCUUAUUCCGCCUGGGCUGCCGGGAAGGCCUUCGCCGUCGGCGACAUUCUUGUAUUUAAUUUUAGAACCGGAUCACAUAGUGUGGCUGAGGUGUCAAAGGCAGCUUUUGAUUCAUGCAAUACCUCAAGCCCAAUUUCAAUAUCCACUAAUGGGCCGACAAACAUUACUUUGAGAACUGCUGGAUCACAUUACUACCUUUGCACUUUUCCAAACCAUUGUACAUUGGGCCAGAAAUUGGCUAUCAAUGUCUCCGCCGCCUCCGGUUCCGCCUCUCCCGCUCCUCAGCCAUCUGCCGCCAGUCCCACUGCCACCCCGGUGACGUCUCCUUCAGUGAGCCCAUCAAUGGCUCCAGCCCCAUCGGUGUCGGCCGCUCCGGCAACAGCACCUUCACCUGCUAGUGCAGCCCAAACUUACAUUGUUGGAGAUAAAAUGGGCUGGAAUGUGCCUACUGGUGGCCCAGUUUCUUAUCAAAGAUGGGCUAAUGGCAAAUCCUUCAAGGUUGGAGAUACACUUGUUUUCAAUUUUGUCAAUAGGGCACACAAUGUUGCCACAGUUAGAAAGGCAGCUUAUGACUCAUGCAACACAACUUCCCCAAUAAAAACAAUUAGCACUAGUCCAGCCAGAAUCACACUCACAAAUUCUGGUGAACAUUACUACAUGUGUACAUUCCCUGGCCAUUGCUCAUUAGGUCAAAAAUUAGCCAUCAAUGUCACCGGUACUGGCACGUCCGUGGCUCCCACGCCUUCCAUUGCCACCACUCCAUCCGGCUCCACCGUCCCAUCGGGCGAUUCUCCGGUCACUUCGCCACCACCACCAAGUGCCUCAGCUCCAUCUUUGAUUCUUUCAGCUUUGCCAGUCACUUUCUUGUCACUUGCCUUUGCUAGGUUGUUAAAUUAGAGAGUACUAUAGUGUUAAUCUUAUGUAAUUUCUCUAUUGGUUCUUCUCUCUUUCUUUUUUUUGGUUAUCUUUAAUUAUAUACGGAUUUGACAUUAUUGUUGUUUUGUACUAAUAAAGCUGAAUUUUUUGGAUUUCAGCUAGAUUUUUUUGUUUUUGGUGUUGGUUUAUUGUAAUGACAUUUCAAUAUUCUUCCAGCUUGUUAAUUUGAAAAUUUGUGACAAAAUAUGAUUUGUGAUUUA